GAAAACAUGGUAGUGUGCCGGCUCAAUUGAACACGUUCUAUAUACCCUACUCAAUACAGCUGAUCAGCCUAUUAUAUAGCCUCGCCGGGGCACAAUGCGCAUGCGCAUCAUGCGAGCAGACGACAGCGAUCAUUUGACGAGUGACAGUGUAGAAGCGAGCACCUCGCGACGAGGAAGUCUAGCAAGCUCGCGUUUACCGGGUGGAUUGUCGACCGGUGUUAAUCCUAAGGCAAAUCGGAGAGGGAGUGCGGUUACGUUUGACCUCCCAGAUGAUUCGGAUGAAGAAGAGGGGAAGUGUCGUCGAAAGAGUUGUGCUUAUCGAAGGAUGAGCGCUCCUGAGCUCCCUCCUAUCGCGGACCGGUCGGAUUCCAGAGGUAACCGGACAUCGUCAGGUUCCAUAACUGAAAGGUCUAACUUUUAUCAGAGAUUCAAAAACGGUCGUUUGCCACGGAACCACAGUGAUAGCUCCAUUAAAGGCAUAUUAACCUGUUCUCCUAACAGCCAGUCUUCCUCGUCGGUGAACUCCAUCCCGUCAGCUCAUCCAGGUUAUCUUUCCUCCAAAACACGAUCUUGGUGUGAUACUGAUAAGAGUGCUGGCUCCACCACGAAGCUCGGGACCCUGUUCGAGAGGAAGCCAGGGAGUCCUAAGAGGGAGAGUGUAUCAGGGUACAGAUCAACGUCCACGGACAGGGGACUCACCAGAAGCCAGUACAGGAUGGAGAGUGAAUUAAACAACAAUGAGGAGGAGAUAUUUUCCAUAGAAAAGGAUAAUAUUGACAACAAACGAGCUUUGCUGAGAAGGAACUAUUCUGAAAAUGAACUUACAACCAGUAACAAGAGGAAGAGCUGGCAGCUCACCAAGAAUACUUUGUCGGUGGGAAAAACGGACAAGCUUACCAAACCCAAGCUUAAAAACGGAUAUAACAACACUUUGAAGAGAUUCAAUUCCACCCCGGCUAUAAACGGAACAAAUACAUCUCAAGGAUACCCUGAUCGGGUAAGCGAGGAGUUAAAGAACAGACAAUUGCAAAAUGGAGAGGAUUCCGAGAACGAGACAGAGAGGUUGGAGAGGAUAUUUGAAUGGUUGAGGGGGGUUCAGUUUGAUGCUGAGGAACCACCCGAGCAGGUGAUUGAUUACUCUGAUGACCCUCCGCAAACUGACACAGCUGUACAUAUUGUGUAUGGCGAAGACUGACCAGUUAUGUCCAUAGUGUUUGUGUUUUGUAACUGUGUUGUGUCCAAAUGCUUCUUCUUGAGGAUGAAUUAUCCGAACAAUCCAUGAUGGGACGGAGUCGCAAGGGUCGUAUUCGUCAAAAAAUGUCUGUCAGGCUCCUGGGUAGUUGGUACGAGUUAAACCUUGCUACCCAAUGUCAGAGUAGCAACAGAAGGAUUCUUUGGAAACAGGUGUUCAGAACACUAGCCAAGGGCUACGCUGGAAAGGUGUCUUUCGUGGAAAUAAUACUGACUGUAAACGAUUCCAUCCUUUAUCGACUUUGAUCCUCGAUGGAGCUAUCAAUGGUAAUGUUUUCCUAUGUGUUAAUGUUUUGACGAUACCGUUAAACGAAUCAAACUUUUGAAGGAUAAUUAACACAAGAGUAUUUAUUUGACCAUGAUACGUAGCCCCUACAUAUGUCUGUGAUACUUUCAUCCUCGGUGUGCAAGGACCUAUUUCAGGGAAAUACAUGAACGUGUGUGUCUGUGAUAGUGAAAUGGACAACAGGGUUGAUAGAGGGAGUGCUAGUGACUGAACGGUUCCAGAGUGGACAUCGUCCUGUAUCUGUCUUGUGACCUCACUAUCGUAUUCUGAGAUUUGAAACUUUUCUGUCAAGUGUCCUGGUUCCUGCGUGUGCCUACUGUCGUUCCGCCUUGUGAUUCAGCAAAUCAGCCUUGGUGGCAAAGCUCUAUGUUAUAUAAACUUACCGGGACGUUACAACUGGAACAAUGUCUUUCACCCAAGCGAACCUUCCAGGUUCUUUUUCAGAUGGAUGGUUCAGACACGCCUUACUCUGAGCAUUCCUUGGAUGGUCAGUCGUAUCAACUCCAUGGAGAGGUAAACACGAUAUAUCAACACCAUACCCCCCUGCCCCACUUACUCUCUUCCCGAAAUCCCCCUUUAAUUCCAGUACAAAGAGCUGAAGUAGCAGGCAAUCACCCACUCAAGCAAGUCAUAGUUUGUAUGAAAGUCAUGGCUAAUGGCUAGAUCUGAUUACCUCGUACAAGGCUUUGCCAUCCAAGAAUAUCACAAAAAGACACGGGGAAGGAGAGCACCUUUGACCAAUCCCACUUUCUAUCGGCUUCUUAAAACAUUCGAUCUUCUAUAUGCAUUUUUAUUAUUUGUGUAGUAUGUUUACCAAGGACUACGUAUAUAAACUCACACUUACUGUACCGGUUUCCCUAUUUGACGGGUUUAUAUUGGAUUUUCACAUAUUUUCUGAACGACCAAAUUUGAAUAAUCUUUAAGUGAUAAGCAUAAAACUAAUUCUUGUUAACUUGGUUACAUGUAUUUUUUAAUAUCUGUGAAUUUGUAGUAUUGUGUCGAAACCACGGAAGUCCUUCUCUUGUAAAUGUAUUGUUUGUGAAUGGUUUGUGGCAGUUUCAAAUCUAGUCAAAGAUAACACGUUUACCUUUUGUAUGAAAAUGUCAUAUCUGAAA